AUGGGUGCAAUUUCCUGUUUCCUCAAGUUCAUCUUCAUCUACACCUUGAUUUUCUUACAUGUUUCAGGGAUGGCCUUCGGUGCUUUUCCUUCUAAUAACAUCGAUUACAAGUUGAAGAGAUUGCCAAUAAAAAUGGCAUUACGACAAUCACCAGCUUCGCCGCCGCCUCCUCAGAUUGCUACAAGGCGUGGACCGGGUAAAGAGGCAAGGCCCUGUAAGGGACCUCGAGCAGGCCAGUUCGCUGCCUGUGGAAAAGAUCUGGGCCUCCUCUCUCUAGCUCGUUUAAAUCAAAUUUUCGAAGAUUAG